AUGGAGAAGAAUGGCACUUACCACAGCAGCCUCAUGGAUGACUUUCUACUGGAGAACCCCAACCCACAAGAUGCCCUCUCCAACCAGACUGUUCUCCAUACCCGGGAUGAAGACCUAGCCAAGGCUGAGAUUGGCGUUCUGGCUGCGAUCCUGCUGGUGACCAUGAUGGGAAACGUGGGUGUCCUUCUGGCCAUGUACCGUCUGAGGAAGAAGAUGAGCCGCAUGCACCUUUUUAUCCUGCACCUGGGCCUGACUGACCUUGGGGUGGCCCUCUUUCAGGUGCUUCCCCAGAUGAUUUGGGAGGUGACCUACCGUUUUCAGGGCCCCGAUCUACUGUGCCGGGUUGUCAAGUACUUGCAGGUGCUGAGUAUGUUUGCUUCCACCUACAUGCUCAUUGCCAUGACGCUGGACCGCUACAUGGCGGUGUGCCACCCGCUGCGAACCCUUCAGCAGCCCAGCUGCCAGGCUUACCUGAUGAUUGGGAUCACUUGGUUACUCAGCUGCUUGCUCAGCCUGCCACAGCUCUUCAUCUUCUCGGUGAGAGAGAUACGCCAAGGCUCUGGGGUGCUGGACUGUUGGGCAAAAUUCAAGUACCCUUGGGGAGCUAAGGCCUACGUCACGUGGAUGACAUUGUCUGUCUUUGUGUUGCCAGUGGCCAUCCUCACCGUUAGCUACAGCCUCAUCUGCCACAAGAUCUGUAAGAACCUCCGAGGGAAGACUCAGAGUGGUGGUCCUGGUCCCAGUGCAGCAGCUGCCAUUUCCUAUGUGGCCACAGCCCAGAAGGGAGCAGCAGAGUGCCAUUCUGGCUCCCGGGUGAGCAGCGUGAGUACCAUCUCCCGUGCGAAGAUCCGCACUGUCAAGAUGACCUUUGUCAUAGUGCUGGACUACGUUGCUUGCUGGGCGCCCUUCUUCAGUGUGCAGAUGUGGUCAGUAUGGGACAAGAAUGCGCCAAAUGAUGAGUCCAGCAAUGUGGCUUUUACCAUCACCAUGUUGCUGGCCAGCCUCAGCAGCUGCUGCAACCCCUGGAUCUACAUGUUUUUCAGCGGCCAUCUCUUUCAGGAUAUCCUGCACUUUUCCUCCUGCUGUGGGAGCCUUCCCUCCAAUCACAAGAGGCAGUUCUCCAAUGGGAGCCUCUGCAGCCGGAAAACCACUAUCUUGACUCACAGCCCCCAGAGCACCUCAGCGGCUGCUGGUGUCGGGGUUCAGAUGCAACUGGGAAGCUUGAAAGAUUGCUACCAGCCCUUUGAGGACACUGUGACUGAUUCAGGGGUGCUCUGA